CGGCAGAGGGUGCUCGUGUGUGCCGGGUGCCUGCAGCGCCCGUCUGCAGCGCUGCUCGCCGCCGAGGCGGGGAGAGACCCAGCCUACCACGGGGUGAAGCAACCACCUCUGCGGGCCAGGAAGCGAGCUGUGGUGUGCCCUGCAUGGUGCCUGCACUGGAAGGAGCUCAAGAGGAGUGGGAGAGCUCAGAUCGAGAUGCUUGAAAUGUUUGGGAACACCUAAUUAGGAGUAACUCUGCGAGAGUAAAGGAAUGAAAUUCUCCAGGCUGGCUGGCAAGGAAAGGAGCAUGGUCGGAUUCCUGCUCUUCGCGCUCAUCGGCUUUUGAGUUUCUGCAAAAGCUCGGCCCCGCGGCGCUGUCGGAAGCGGCUCCCCCAUGGCUGCAGCCGGCGGCGAGGGGCUGGCACGGACCCCGCUCCUGCUGGCGGGCGCUGCCCUGGCCCUGCUCGGCGUCCUGGUCUACCUGGGCGCCCUCUGCGCUGCCUGCAGACGCAAGGGCAGGAAGAGGAAGGUCCCUCCGGAUGGGGUGAAGCUGGUGGAUGAGUCCCUGCUCAGACAGACGCAGCUGCGGUCGCUCAGCAAGUCCGACACGAAGCUGCACGAGCUGUACCGGGUGAAGGCCAGGGAUGACACCCAGCGACCGGCCAGCCUGGAUUUCCCCUGCGCCGCGUCCCCCCCGGCCGCUGCUGACUCCCUGCACAGCUCCGGCGUCAGCGUCCUCCUGCACCGCGAGCUGCCCCAGAUCCCCGUCCCCGAGCCCCCGGCCGCCUCCCCGGCCCCCGACCAGACCUACUCCAACCUGCUCUUCACCCCGCUGCGGAAGCCGGUGCCGGACACCGUCUACGAGUGCCUGGCGGUGGGGGGGGUGGAUGCCCCGGUGCCCCCCGCGCCCACCAGCACCCAGGUGUCCCCUCCACGUGUUGGGCACGGGGCGGCCGAUUACGCCUGUGUCCGUAAGGUGAAGAAGACGGUGCCCACGGAGGUGCAGGAUGGGGCCGCGGCAGGGCCUCCCGCUGCCCCGCGGUGCUGGGACGGGGCGGGCAAUGUCCCCCGGGCAAAGCUGGAAGAGAUGUACUCGACGGUGUGCAAAGCCACCAAGAAGAAAACGCAGGUCCCCGCAUCAUCCCCGAGGGCUGCGACGGAGGCAGGUGCUGGGUGGCCGCCCCCCCGCCGGGAGGAGGGUGCCACGGCUGGGUGCUGGUCCCCGGCAGCCCAAGCCCCCCCAGACCCCUGCUACGAGUCCAUCAGCGACAGAGCCUGGACUGCUCAGGGCCGUGCCCCCGACCCAGACUACGAGGCCGUGGACGUUAACUGGAAGAAGGCGGCGAAACGGGACAAGCCGGGGAAAUCCUGUGCCCCCGAGAACCUGUACGAAAGCGUCGGUGACAUUUGGGCGGGGGAGUCCCGGCGAGCCUCCGCCAGGACGGCGGCCAACGGGCUGGAGGUGUACAUCACCAACCUAUAGCAUCCCCCGGGAGAGGGGUCCUCGGCCGGCUUUCCAGGGCGUUGAGCCCCCCGGGGACAGGCACACACCAGCCCGGUGCCCGCUGGGCGGCUGCAUCCCUGCGAGCGCGUUCUGUAUAUAUUUUACGUUACUUUUCUUUGAGCAUCCUUGUGCCAUCCCCAGCCGGUGCCGGCGGGUUGACAUCGGGAUGCCCCGAGGUGGGCGGUUUACAGGUGCUGGGUUUACCAAGAUGGGAACCGGGUUGGGACCGGUUGUGUUUUGGGGCGGGUGGUGGCCAGGGGGCUGUGGGCCAGUUCCCUGGCCCUGGGCUGCGGGAUCAGGCCCCUCAUCAGUGGGGUGAUGCCAUGAGUGAGGGUCUCCGUCCUCCUCCCUCUGCCUGGGGGAGAGCAGGGCCCCGUCCAGCCCCCGGGAAGCCCCGAGCAGCUUCGCUCCCAUCACUGCAUGUCCCUGGUUAUGGGGACCAGGGGCCAGCCCUGCGCCUCGGUGCAAGGGAGAGCAGGCUGCGGGCUCUGCUCCGUCCCCCACCACCCACUGCCGCCUUUCAGACACCUGCCAGAGUGUCUCCGUGAGCAGCCGUCUCCCAAACACCAUUAAAACCCUGAGAGGGGGUUAUCCUUGUCAGGAGAAAACGCUCUUAAACUGGGUCUGAAACCCUGGUUGUGGCGGCGGCUGCUGCUGCAGUGACGCUGCGGUGCCGGUGCUGGGAGAGCGGCUUUGGGCACAGCGUAACCCUGAGCGGAUGCACCCGCCCGCGCAGGCGGUUCUGCACCUCCGAGGUGGGGAUGCGCAGCCACCCAGAGCUGCCGAAAUGAGGUGACUGUCCCUGUGCAGGGACUCGCUCUGGG